GAAUAUUACAAGAUUUAGUUUAGUAAUAAAAGAGAUAUGUCUUCUUGAAGGUGAAUUGUUAGUACAUUCAACAUGGUUGCUACGUUGCCAGCUAUCUAGGCAGACUGGUCUUGAGAUACGCUUGAUAUGACUAUUGAGUAAUAUGAAUAUUCUUUCCAGGCAUCCAGCCAGAGAGCCUUCGACGAAUGGGUGAAGACCAUCGCGAUAGAGCUGAUAAGGCAAACGCCCCUGGACGCGAUCAAAUACCUGGACAUCUUGACCAUUGCAGAAUGCUGGAAGAGGAGAGACGAUCUUCAAGAAAAAGACUGGAACUACAACGACUGCCCGUCGGAUAAGACGAAAGCGAAUGGCAACGAGGAUGCGAUGGAAGAAUGCGUCACCUGUCAAAGUGAGAGCGCAAAACAAGGCGCAGAGGAGAUUUUCAGGAGGGAACCGCUUGUGAUUAGAAAUCGAGAGGAGCGGAUCCCAGCAAUGCCUCCAGUGAGGACCCCAGAGAAAGUGUCUGAAGUCCCGGAAGACAUAGAAGAGAAGCAAGUGGAAGACCUCAUGAAGAAAUGCCAAAACGCGGAGAACUACGUUCCGGUUAAAGAAAAACUCUUCCUAUUCGAAUCGCUAUGCAAACUUGGAAGGAAAGUCCGAAGUACUGAAGAUGUGUCUCUGAAAAUAGACACGAGUUCGAAACGAGCCAGGUCCCUACAUGAUCUGUCGAACAUUAAUUCGCAUAUUGCUGUUAGGGAAAUUUGUAAAUAUUUCGAGAAUAAGAACGAAACGCAAGAAAACACAUCAGAGAACCAAGUGGUGUCGAAAUUUAAGCUGAAACGAACCUUAGAGUGUAAUAAUGUGUAUCAUAGGUUUCCCAGAGCAAUUUCAUAGUAUACGUGGGUUGUGUGAAAAAUACUGGCAUCUUCAAGCAACGUAAAGACAUGAACAUUUAACUCAAACUUCGGGGCCUAAAAAACUCCGUGGUGAUCCAGUUUCGCUGUCAAAUAGGCAGCUUUACUCAAUAUUAUACUUCUCAUGUGUUAGGUGUCAGUAUUUUUGUUUGGAAUGUUCUCUUGCCAAAAUUACUUAAUUUAAAGAACAGUGGAUAUGACCAAUCAAAAUGGCUGAAAUGUAGUAAGUUAUAUGCCAUAAUAUUUUGAUCAAAUAUCUUAACGAGCCCGAAGCUUCAAAUAAUGUCCCUUUUUUCCAACUACCUGUUUGCAACAGUAUUCUAAAUCCUUUUCAUCUGAUUACUUCAUGAUGUGUAUAGAGUUGACUAAAAAACAUCGUUUUUUUUUUGUCAUAAAAUGCGUUUUUGUGGAUUUUUUCUUCGAUCGUAACUUUUUAACAAAUAUUAACACAGCCCUGAAAUUGCAUGUGUAUAUUCCACUUCUAUGGAUGAAUGAAACAAGUGACUGCUUUUAUCAUUAUCACUUUUUCUCUUCGAAAAAUCUUUGCUUUUCUUGAAAACUCGACUUGGUGCGGGACGAGGCUUCAAGAAAAUCAAAGAUUUUUCGAAAAUGAAAAGUGAUAAGAACAAAAGUAAUCACUUGUUUCAUUCUUCCAUAAAAGAGGAAUAUUCACACACAAUUUCAGAACGUUACUUAUAUUUGUUAACAAGUUCUGAUUGAAAAAAGGAUGCGCAAUAAAAUGCACAAAAAAUGCACUUUUUGACAAAAAAAAUGAAAACAUUGUUUUUAAGUCAUCUCUAUACAUACUAUGAAAUUAUCACAUGAAAAGGAUUUAGAAUACUGCUACAAACAGGUAGUUGGAAAAAAAAUAAAAAAAAGGAAGUGCCACCUCAACAUCUUUCCCGCCAUUAUGAACGGACUUUUUAAUUUCUUAUGGUUGGCGUUCUAUAAAAUUUCAAAAGAGUGGAGUGCGAUUAUCUUAACUUUUAUAUAUUUUUUUUCGUGCGAUUGUGUGAUCUAAUCUUAAGCAUUGUGAUAGUCAUGUAUAUGCGAAUUGUCUUUGGAUUUUCUACCAUUUAAUCAUUUGCUGCUGGUGUUAAUGUUUAACAAAUUCUGAAAUCAAUAAUAAUAUGUGUAAUUGUUUCUGUUGGAAUGAUGUUAACGAACUGUUGUUGUUUAAUUACAUUGUGCCUUCAAAUUUUUAGUUGCUGCAUUCUUCCAUUAGCGUGUUGAUUGGUUUGUGCUAUACUUCUGUUUCUUUUGAUAACCACUUCUAAUUUGGCACCUGAAUCUGCAAAUGCUAUUGCAGCAACAGAAACCCAAUAAUUUUUUGAUCAAUUAUCAGAACAAAAUUGCUUGUUAUUUAUUUUGUACAUACAUAGUUCAUAUAUUUC